UGAUACUGUCGUUGCUAACAUUAUUUCUACCAUAGAUUUGACACAAUGAGGAACUAUUUGUUGCUUUUUGUCUCUGUCUAUGCAUUGUUUGUACUAAUUGAGAAUAGUGUCAAUGCUGACGAUUCUCCAUGCUGGAGACUGAACGGGCGAUGUCAGUGGACGAGUGAGCCGUGCGGUCGGUAUAACAGCGCGCCACUCUGUGGAGGGCCAAACAACAGACAGUGCUGUGUAAGAGGUGCCGAUCGCCUCUGUGAGCAGAAGUACUGGUUGGGUCGAUGUAAGUACACUAGUAGUUAUUGCCGUGGAGGCUUCGAUGGCGCGAAUUUAUGUGGCGGGGGCAACAACAGGCAGUGCUGUAAAUAUUGAUGUCAGCAGUUAUCGAAUAUGUAGUCCUUUUGUGGACAAUCAAAAAUGUAAACAGAAAUAAAGUAUAUAACUUA